GGUGGGAGCAUCUAGUGCUUGCGCGCUGCGUCUUUUCCUCCCAAGCAUUGUGUGUGAAACUCUCAUAUCUCACGUAUCAAUAAUUCAAGCGUGCGCGCAAGAGAGCAGACGGAGCCCCCCCCCCCCCCCUCCUCGCGCGCGCUAUGAGUUCUGUUGCCCCGUCACUCGUCCAGGGCCCGACUCCCGCUCACUGUGUCUCCAAGUGACCGAAAAGCGGCCGACAAGUGAGGGGAAGAACAGGUGAAAACUGACGAUUCGACCGGAGGUACUGUGGCAAUUAACUGUUUUUGUAUUUUUUUUUUAAAAGAAGAGACGCAGAAAAAUAAACCUUCUGUUUUUUUUCCGUCCGAGAGACUCCGCGAGGGAGAAACUGUUUGCAACGGGCUGAUUAAACACUAACAAACGGAGUGGCUUCUCUAUAAGACGAGACUCCUCGAGGUCCAUCUGGGAAACACCCGGGAAACUCUUUCCUGCCUUACUUUUCUUUUCGAGGGGAAUAGACCCGCGGUUUAAGUUGUGAAGACGACCGGAGAAACUCGCCCGUCGUGGUCCCGGUAUGUUGGCGUUUUGCCUGCUGAGUGUCGCGUGGCUCGCGGCGAGCCACACGGCACGCGCCCAGAACGAGACGGAACCAAUCGUCCUGGAGGGGAAGUGUCUAGUGGUGUGCGACUCCAACCCGGCCGCGGACCCCACGGGCACGGCGCUCGGGAUCUCGGUGCGCUCCGGCAGCGCCAAGGUGGCGUUCUCCGCAGUCCGGAACACCAACCACGAACCCUCCGAGAUGAGCAACCGAACCAUGGUCAUCUACUUCGAUCGGGUUCUAGUGAACGUUGGCAAGAACUUUGACGAGGAGAGAAGUAAUUUCAUCGCGCCGCGCAAAGGGAUUUACAGUUUCAACUUCCACGUAGUGAAAGUCUACAACCGCCAAACCAUACAGGUGAGCCUGAUGCACAACGGCUGGCCGGUGAUUUCGGCGUUCGCCGGCGACCAGGAUGUGACGCGCGAGGCGGCCAGCAACGGGGUUCUGAUCCAGAUGGAGAAAGGAGACCGGGCCUACCUCAAACUGGAGAGAGGGAACCUCAUGGGGGGAUGGAAAUACUCCACCUUCUCCGGCUUUCUGGUGUUCCCCAUGUAGAGAGUGCGCGGUGGGGUCGAGGAAGAGGAGAAGCAAGUGUUGUGGUGCGGGCG